GGCAGUAUAGGUGUAGCCACCAUUUGAGGAUUAGCUAAUCAAGUACGUACGGGCGAGGUGCUUAAUGAUGAGGCUACUCCCGUGCUUCUGCGUCUGUUUCGUCGUCCUCGUCCUCGUCGGCGGCUCCUCCCCGGCCGAUCCCCGCGCCGAGCGCUGCCCGCUGCACCACCGCAGGCAGCUCGAGGACGGCGGCGGCGGCAGCAUGCAGGCGACGGCGGUGGCGAGCAAAGCGACCGCAGUACGGCCGCCGCAAGAGAUCGCCGAUCUGGUCGUCUAUGGGACCUCCAAGAGGCUCAGUCCUGGAGGAUCCAACCCUCAGCACCACCACUGAUCGAACCAUGGGUGUUCAUCGGUGGUCCUAAGGUGUAUCGCGAUGAGGUGUCCAUCGGCUUCAUGUAUACUUCAGUUUGCGUCAAGAGAAGAAAUUACCAUUCGCGAAAUAAAAAGGAAAGAGAAAUGGGUUUAAUACUGUAGUCCGUCAAUGCUCUAACGAUGUACGACUAUGUUUCAACUACGUCCCCCCUCAGCAACAUGUGCCAACUAUGUUUCUCGGGCUAAGCCGUUUGGAAAUUGGAACGUUGGAAAUAUGUCAUGUAAAAAAAAAACGUUGGAAAUAUUUAACC